GAGGAGUGACGCGGUGAGGAUUUCGAGAAUUUGCAGGGGAGGCAGGCACUCAGCUCAAGACUUUCCAGGUACUCCACUCGUACUGUGUCACUUUCACGGGGCUUUUCCGUCUUUCAGUUUCCUUCCUUGCUCAUGCUCGAUGGGGAUCCCGCGCUUCUCGUCCGAGCUCAAGAGAGGGAUCAUGAGGGGCAGCUCAGAAGUCGCUUACUUGGGAUCGAUUCUUGGCCUGCUGGCAUUCCUGCAAGCGAUUCUUCCUCGAGAGAUUUGGUACGUGCUACAGGAGUGGGUCAGAAAGCUACUGCUUUGGGUGUCUUUCUACAUCAGAGUGGAUGUCUACGAGCUGGACGACAACCACAGCAAUGAGAUUUAUGAUGCGGUGAAGCUGCAUAUCGCGAGCAUCACCGCCGAUCAGCACGCUUCCGCGCGAAGGCUCACCAUCAGCAAAGCGAAGGGCGCGGUGAAGCCGAGCUUUCGCCCGGCUACCAACGAGCAGAUCGUCGAUACAUUCCAGGGAGUCCAGUUCUGGUGGGUGCAUCGCGUCAAGCCUCUCCAGCCGAAAGGAAGUUCUCCAGCUUAUUGGGGCCAGAGUAGGUCUGACGAGAAGCGGUACUUCACUCUCACGCUCCACCGACGCUAUCGACAAAGUUUGCUACCGGCCUACUUGGAUCACAUUGCCGAGAAUGCUAAAGAGCUGGAUCGCCAGAACAGGGCCAGGAAGCUCUACACGAACGCUCAAAGUGAUGGAAGGAGGCCCUGGGAGUAUGUCCCUUUCAAGCAUCCCGCGACUUUCAAGAGCAUGGCUAUUGACGACGGUCUCAAGCGGAAGAUCAUGGAUGAUCUCAAUGCCUUCAAAGUUGGACAGAGCUUCUACGACAGAGUGGGGAGGGCGUGGAAGCGGGGUUACUUGCUAUAUGGCCCGCCUGGGACCGGGAAGUCCUCGCUCAUCGCUGCUAUAGCAAACUUCACCGACUACGAUGUCUACGAUUUGGAGCUGACGGAAGUGAAGAGUAAUGCCGAGCUGAGAAGGCUGCUUAUGAACGUCAAGAAUAAGUCGGUGAUCGUGAUCGAGGAUAUAGACUGCUCGCUGGAGCUACAGAACCGUGGACUGCUACCGAAAGAUGUGGAGAGCCCCGCAGAAGAAGAACUCGCCGCAAGUGCCGAUCAGAGAAAGAAGAAGGAGAAGGCCGACAGGGAGAGAAGCAGGGUCACUCUUUCUGGAGUUCUCAACUUCACCGACGGGCUUUGGUCGUCAAUCGGAGACGAGAGGAUUCUCAUCUUUACGACAAAUCACAUCGACCAACUCGACCCCGCGCUGCUUCGAUCUGGCCGCAUGGACUUUCACAUUCUGAUGACGUACUGCUCCUUCCAAGCUUUCAAAGUCCUGGCGUCAACGUACCUCCUGCUCGACGAUCACGAGCUGUUCGUGGAGAUUGAAGAGCUCCUGGGAGCAGUACAGAUUACUCCUGCUGACGUAGCCGAAGUUUUCAUCCAGUACAAGAACAAACCGGAUGCUGCGCUCGAGAAGCUAAUCAAGGAACUUCAAGCUAGAACUUCCGGAGGAGGAGACUGACAUUCGUAUGAGAAAGAUUGCAUGGUACGUCCAUCUAAGUUUAAUCAGAUAGAUUUUACGUUUCUACUAAA